CCACCAUUCCUCCCCGGGAGCCAUCCCUUCUAGAAGUCUCAAUUCUCUGGCGUGAAUCCACGGCUUCCAACAGGGGGGGGAUGAGGGAGGAUUCGAAGGGGGGGAACUGACGUGCUCCAUUUCCUUUUGUGCGUCUUGUUCAUUUCCAUGUCAGACACCCAGACACAUGACGGCAUAAGCGCGGGAUACAUAACCGUACUUCAGAUACACAUAUAUGAACAGUUAUCGAGCGCUUGUGUUCCGUGUGCGCGACGGCACAAGAUACAUGGGAUAUCUUUCUCUUUCGCCCGAAUACCACACCCUCAACCACACCCACACCCACACCCACACAUGCGCGCGCGCGCGCGCAAAACCAAACACACUUUCCAGCUCAGUUCGUACGGAUGACGAAGAAGCGCCCUCCUCCUACUUCCCCCCAUCAAUGUGCAAGGAACACGCCGUGCGCUCCCUGUCCGUCUUGCCAGACCCGGGUCGUCAGAUAAGGCAGCGCACCCGCACACGUACCCAGCAUAUACACGCAAGCAUACCCGAGAUACCGGACGACUCGCGGCCACACUCAGGCUCCUCCGAGCUGCUCCCCGUCCCUCCCCCCCCCGCGAGCAAACAAGACGAAAGCUUCGUACGCGGGUUUCCUCCCACCCUCACCUUAUUCAUCGUCACCGCCAUCCAUCCAUCUAUCGUGUAGACACAACCUGACCUGUUUCCUCUGCGCUGCCACCCCCCUCCCUCUCAACCUUCUCCUCCCAUUCGCCCAGCCAUCCCUGUACGGU